AAGAAACGGGUGAAAUAGAGGCAAAACGACAAAAAAAGCGAGCGUUUUUUCGUUAUCCGCUCCAGGUUGAGGUAGACCCCAAUGCAGCGACGAGCUUUCAACGGAAAUUGAAAAGAAAUCGAAGGAAUCCGGAAGCAUUAAAGUGAGAUUUAUAAAAAGUAGGGUUAUUAGUUGGAACAGUGAGGUGAGUGUAUGUGUUCGGUUGAUUGGCUUUUGCCAAAUUUAUAAUCACGGUUUUUCAGAAUUUGAUUCCAGCAAUGCCGCAGGAUUCGUCUGAACAAGAUGAUGCUGAUUCUGAGUUCGUAGAGAUUGACCCCACACGUCGAUAUGGUCGGUACAAGGAGGUUUUGGGGCAGGGGGCUUUCAAGAAGGUAUACAGAGCAUUUGAUGAGUUGGAAGGAAUUGAAGUGGCUUGGAAUCAGGUUAAGGUGGCAGAUCUGUUGCGUAACAAUGAAGAUUUGGAGCGCCUAUAUUCAGAAGUGCAUUUGCUGAAGACGUUGAAGCACAAGAAUAUAAUCAAGUUUUACAAUUCAUGGGUUGAUACAAAGAAUGAGAACAUCAAUUUCAUCACUGAAAUUUUCACUUCUGGAACCUUACGCCAAUAUCGGCAGAAACAUAAGCAUGUUGACUUGAGAGCGUUGAAGAAAUGGUCUAGACAGAUUUUGGAGGGCCUUUCUUAUCUUCACAGUCAUGAUCCACCAGUUAUUCAUCGAGAUUUAAAGUGUGACAAUAUUUUUGUCAAUGGAAAUCAUGGUGAGGUUAAAAUUGGUGACUUGGGAUUGGCUGCCAUACUUCAACAAGCCAAUUCAGCUCACAGUGUUAUAGGUACUCCGGAGUUUAUGGCUCCUGAACUUUAUGAAGAGGAAUACAAUGAACUUGUUGACAUCUAUGCUUUUGGCAUGUGUUUGCUGGAGUUGGUGACUGUCGAGUAUCCAUAUGUUGAAUGUGCUAAUGCUGCUCAAAUAUAUAAGAAAGUGAUAUCUGGAAUCAAGCCGGCAUCAUUGGCAAAAGUGAAAGACCCUCAAGUUAAAGCAUUUAUAGAAAAGUGUAUUGCAAAUGUUUCGGAGCGGUUGCCUGCAAAGGAACUCUUAAUGGAUUCCUUUCUUCUUCCAGAUGAUGAAAGUGACAGUGUAGGUCGUUCUUUAAAGUCCAGAGCCCAUGAUUUAGGACAUAGUGAUCAACAUGUUAUUGGUAAACAUCUCGAAGAAACUUCUGCUGAGAUAGGUAGGGAAUUCAGAGUAGAAGGUCAAAGAAGAGAUGUCAAUACUAUAUUUUUAAAGCUGAGAAUAGCUGACUCCUCAGGUCAUAUUCGCAACAUCCACUUCCCUUUUGAUGUUGAAGCAGACACUGCGAUUGCCGUUGCUAGUGAAAUGGUUGAGGAGUUGGAACUCACGGAUCAAGAUGUUACAAAUAUUGCUGAGAUGAUUGACACGGAAAUUCGCUAUCUCAUUCCAGACUGGAAUCCUAAUGAAACUCCUACUGCUGAUAGCACUGGUCAGGAAUUAGCAGUUCCAGGUGGCCAUGCCUCUGAAACUAAGGAUGAGGCUUCUCCACAUGGAAAUAAUUCUAUAGCUUCUACUGGUGGUCUUUCAUUUGAACGAUUACGUUCAGGUCGUAACUACUGGUCUGACUCACCUAAGACAGGUAGAAACUCUCCACUGGGGCCUGGUGCUUCAAAAUUGUCUAGCCAAGCGGAUUCAAACACUGCAGGAACCUCAACUGCAUAUGCAGGGACUUCAACCGAGCAGCAGGAUGGCAACUGCAGUUGUGAUGGUGAUAAUAGUGUAGAAAAGAAAUCUAGUGGGACUACUGAUUCCCAUUCCAGUAAGAGAAGCAUUGCAUCUGGGGAUUUACAGUUAACCGAUGGAGAGUCUCCUUUGGUAGAAAAACCGAUAGAAUUGAAAGAUGAUGAAUUAGAAAAUGUCAACAUAAUUGCUGCAAAAUUUGAACAAUUAUUGCUAAAGCAACGACAAGAAUUUGAUGAACUAAAGAGGAAGCAUGAAUUAGAUGUCUUGGAUUUUUUGAAUGAACUUCCUAUAGAAACUCAACGUAAGGUCUUAAAUACAUGCCAUCAGGAAUACAACAAUGGAAUUGUACGGUAAGAGUUGGGGCCCUAUCCUCACUGUUUAUGCUCGUUUAUUGGCUAUUGUUUGGACCUCUUCCUCAUCAAGAAAGCUGGAGCUCAAAUAUUUUUGCAUCUUCCUGGGAGUGAAUAACCACUUGACGUAGUGUUUUGGCUUCUUCAUUCAUGCUUACUUGAGAGGGCAUGCCUUGUGCUAAUUGUGAUUGCAUGAAUGUUCUUGGUGUGAUGCUAGAAGACAAUGCAACAGUAUCAUAAGUUGGAAAUAUUUUGUUGAGGGAACGUUUAAUGCAUUGUGUUCAGUUUGAAGGAUCCAAUGCAACUACUGUAUUAAAUCAAAGGGGCACUGUAGAGGUGAGAAUUCACCUGAAAAGCCAGGUCUGCAUCAUACAGAUUUAACCAUCAAAAUUUCAUUCCAUAGUUUGAUUCAAGUCAUUAGAUUAUCAUAUACAUGUAUAUAAAGAUCAUUUACGGUUGUUUUGCCCACAUGGAGGUCCUCCUGUCAGAAUGUUCAGGGCUUUCGUUCAUGUGAAUUAUUUGUUCCUGCAUGUCAUGUUAUUGGUAUGACACUAUGGAGUGUUAUGAUUUGCAUUUUUCAUGGAAGGCAACCCUAAGUUGCACAUUGUUCUUGUGAACCGAUACAUAUUUUUUGAGUUGCAUACAAUUUGAGAAAUGAGUUAUAUUAGUUAUUGAUUAUGAAUAAUAUGGUUUAUUAUAGAUU